AUGAAUGCCGACUCCCACAGAGCUGCCAAGGCAGCCAAUCCACCUGUUCUCCCAUGGCAGUCAUAUGACCCGAGUCCGUGGUAUGGGGAAGACAACCCUCAUGUGGAGCUCCCCGAGUACAUGAUUGGAGUUGAGCAGGCGAACAAUGAAGAAAAUGAUGAUUACGAUGAUGAUGAUGAAGAGGAGGAGAUCCCCUGCCAUGAUGAGGUCGGCACGAGCAAUCCGAGGAGAAGAUAUCAACAAGAGCGGGAGGACGAGGAUAUGAGUUCUCUCACCGAGAGAGUGGACCAGAUGGAGGUUAGACAGGAGGAGUAUUGGGCUCGGAAUGAAGCCCGUUGGGAGCAGCACGAGAUAAAUUGGAAUCAAUUCACUUAUUUCAACAACGCGCAAUGGGUCAACCUAAACGCCCGGCUCGAUGAGAGGCAACAUCUGCCUCCUCCGCCGCAUUGA